CCGCGGUCCGUCGCUCCCGCCCACGCCGGGAGUUCGACGUGGAAGUUGGUGGCUGACCGGACUUCCAAGGGAUCCGCCUGGGAGCCGGAGCCAUAGGCCAAGGCGAGCAGAGGUGGCGGCGCCGAGGCUCGAAUAGGAGUCGCUGCCAAGGCCGGGGGCCUGUCUCUCACCACCGAUAAGGGCGGACAGGCGGCUCAUCAUGGGUGGCUUUUUCUCAAGUAUUUUUUCCAGUCUGUUUGGAACCCGGGAAAUGAGGAUUUUAAUUUUGGGAUUAGAUGGAGCAGGAAAAACUACAAUUUUAUACAGAUUACAGGUUGGAGAAGUCGUUACUACUAUUCCUACUAUUGGAUUUAAUGUUGAGACGGUAACAUACAAGAACCUUAAAUUCCAAGUCUGGGAUUUAGGAGGACAGACAAGUAUCAGGCCAUACUGGAGAUGUUACUAUUCAAACACAGAUGCAGUCAUUUAUGUAGUAGACAGUUGUGACCGAGACCGAAUCGGCAUUUCCAAAUCAGAGUUAGUUGCCAUGUUGGAGGAAGAAGAACUGAGAAAAGCCAUUUUAGUGGUGUUUGCAAAUAAGCAGGACAUGGAACAGGCCAUGACUCCCUCAGAGAUGGCAAAUUCACUUGGGUUACCUGUGUUGAAGGACCGAAAAUGGCAAAUAUUCAAAACUUCAGCAACCAAAGGCACUGGCCUUGAUGAGGCAAUGGAAUGGUUAGUUGAAACGUUAAAGAGCAGACAGUAAUUCAAUCACUUCUACCCCUGUGCAAUGAAGACUCCAUCACAUAUCCCUUUGGAAACAGUUAAGUGUGCUUCAUGCUACUAAAUGUUAAAACUGUGUGAUUAUUGGCAUAUACUGAACUGACUGCAAUAUUUGUAAUAAAUAUAAAAAAUAAGUAUUUGGUUGGAAGGGUAGUUCACCCAUGAUUGAACCAACUGAAUGUCUGUUCUGUGUAAUGUAAAAUCUUUCCUUGCUUUCUUAAGUAUAUAUUCUAUUUGUAAGGAAUUCUUAUUCAAAUAGAGUCCUAUUAAAGAAUGUACUCUUACUGAGGAAAAACCCUCCUAUUUUUGAAUUAGUGGUUGCCGCUUGUUUGUAUACACUAAUAAAUAUCUUAACUCAGAUUUUUUUCCCCUAAAAUGAAUUAAGUUCUUCCAAAGAUUAGACUUAGUAGAGUAGGAACACAGUGUGGGUAAUACAGUCUUCAUUUGUUUAAUGACCACUUUAUUUAAGCUGUUUUGUUUAAAAGCUUCUGGGUAUAGGCAUGAAGCUGAAAAAUUAUUUUGGUGGUUAACCUCACUGACGUCUGUAAUUGUCAUUUUAUAGUACUUUAUAGUAGCCAAAAAAUUUUUCAUAUAUACAGGAACCCUGUGAUGUAGGUAGGACAGGUUGUAAUGUCUUUAUUUUAUGGACAUGGACCCAAGGUUCUGAUAAGUUGGCUUGCUGAGGGCCACCUGCUAGUGAGGUCAGAACAGGGCUGAAAGUGAGAUUUCAUUGUCAAGCUCAUCCCAUAAAGUAUACCAUAAAUUCCUGAAAAUGUCAACACUGGUAACACAGACAACCUUAAUUGCUUAAAUAAAAUUAUGCUAAUUGAAGUAGACACGGUACAUUCAAAAUAAUUUCUAUACAUUUGUCUAUACUAGUAGAGGUAGUAAAAACAAUCCUAAAUGGUUAUAUUUGAUGGAAUCCACAAUGUAUUAAAGGAAAUUUUAAAAAAUCUGUAUUAAGAAGCAUUGUAAGAGAUGUCUUUACUGUCUUUCAUUUCUUUUCUCUGUAAUUGGACAUGUAAAUUUGGUGAAAAGUCAAAACAAUUACUGGUUGUACAGGGAGAAAUGGAGCAUUCUUGGUUUUAAAAAGUAGACUUACUGCUGGGGUAUCAAAAACAAUUAUGUUCAGAGGAACUUUUCAGACUACCCACCCAGUCUACCACAGGAUUGUCUAUAAUGGUGACAGAAUAUGGUCCCUUGUAUUUACUUAAACUUGGGGGAAUCUUUAAGUUGGACAGCCAGCAUUUAAAAAACUUGAUGCCCGGGGCACCUGGGUGGCUCAGUCGUUGAGCAUCUGCCUUUCGUCUCAGGUCGUGACCCCAGCGACCUGGGAUCAAGCCCUGCAUCAGGUUCCCUGCUCCGCAGGAAGCCUGCUUCUCUCUCUCCCGCUCCCCCUGCUUGUGUUCCCUCUCUCGCUGUGUCUCUCUCUGUCAAAUAAAUAAAUAAAAAUCUUUAAACAAAACAAAACAAAAAAAACUUGAUGCCCAUUGGUGUUCUUGUGAACACUAGUGGUCCAUUCCCUAUUCCUGCCAAUGCCUUUCCAGAGGUCUAUAGCCUCUUUCCUUCAUACUUUUGGUCAUUUAGGUCAAAUGAAUGUGGCUUUCUCUUUUUACCUGUGGGACUUUAAUCUUUUUUUUUUUUUUAAAGAUUUUAUUUACUUAUUUGACAGAGAGCGAGAGAGGGAGCACAAGCAGGGGGAGUGGGAGAGGGAGAAGCAGGCUUCCCGCUGAGCAGGGAGCCCGAUGUGGGGCUCAAUCCCAGGACCCUGGGACCAUGACCUGAGCUGAAGGCAGACGCUUAACAACUGUGCCACCCAGGCACCCCCUUUUUAUGGGGGGGACUUUAAUCUUUUUACCCAUUCCCCACUACCAUUCUUAAUUUGGUCUCUGAAGUCUUUUUUGGAGACCUUCUUCCAGGCCCAAGUGUUCUCAGUGCUGCAUCUGAUAUUACUGAGAAUGUAAUUAACAUUGUUUCAUACUUUCCAAAUCGCUCCUGAUGGACAGACUUUUUCAUAUAUAUCCUUGGAAUCCUGUGUGGUGCCUGGCACAUUAUGGCAUCUUAGAGUUAUAUGCAUGGUUGAAAUAGAUAGGUUAUAUGUUUGCCAGCUAGGAAAAUAGUACUGCUUCAUCUUCUACUUGGGUUUCCUUCUGGUCAGUGGCAGUGUUUGUACCUAAGUAGCUAGGUGCCCCCCACCCCCCACCCCAGCACUUUAGGAACACUGUGAGAAGUGUGGGCGGAGAGAGGCCCUGGCAGGCAGAUGCUGGGCAGCACAUAACUCUUGCCAUCUUGAAUACUGAACACACCUUUAGUAGCAAACACUAGCACUUGAAUGAUUGUGAUCUGUUUUAUCACAAAGGCUAGAAUGGGUAAAUAGAGCAUACACUAAUUUUAAUAUGGUAUAAAUUAUGAGGUCCUUGUCUAGUAGGAAACAACUAUACAGGUAAGUUAUAGGAGUUUGAAUGUUACUUAUAAAAAUCUACUGAAUAUUAUUUUGCAGAACCCUGAAAAUGGGAAAAGCACCAAACUUAAAAUCUGAACACAUGAGUUCUAGGCACAAAUGGCCAUUCCUUCAGUUUGUUUGUUUUCCAUAAAACAAGAAACUUGGGACAGAUCAUAUCAAAGGCUUCUUUUAGCUCUAAUACUCUGUUUUAUAACUCUGGUUGGUAAUUGUGCUGUGUCAUGUGUUAACAUUUAAAAAGAGUGAUGGAAUUUUGUUACCAGAAUACUUGAGAUGCACUUUAAGUUGUAGAAAUGUAAGCUCCUUGAGGGUAGGGACCAUACCUUAUUGUUAGUCUCCCUGCAUCUAGUGUGGUGCACUUUGCCAUACAGUAGGCACUCAAUAAGUAUUGACUAAAUUGUGUGCAAUAUCCCUGAGAUAUUUGUUCUUUCUGAUUUUUGCCUUAGUGUUAACUUCUGAUUUUUUAUUUUAAGAAUUUUUAUAAAAGCUGUACAUGCACUUUAAAUCACUUAGAAUUAAUUGCAGUCAGCCUUCUGUGAUGCCCCAUGUUUAUGCUUUUGGCACAUUACAAACCCCUUGGAAGUGUGAGAACUCCUGUUUGAGACAAACUACAUCAAAACACAGAUGCUGAAGUUCAAGAAUGUUUGAACAUUUGAUUUCUAUGCCAUAUGCUAUAUUCUGACUCCAUAAUUAGAAAUUACGAAAAGCAUAGGCUUUCAAUCCUGGGUGUGAAUCCUGAUUAUGCCACCUGCAACCUGUGUUACCCUUAGGUAAAUUACCUAACCUGAGUCUAUUUCUUUUUUCUUUUAAGAUUUUAUUUAUUUUUUAACAGAGAGACAGAUAGUGAGGGAACACAAACAAGGAGAGUGGGAGAGGGAGAAGCAGGCUUCCUGCCGAGCAGGGAGCCUGAUGUGGGACUCAAUCCCAGGACCCUGGGAUCAUGACCUGAGCCGAAGGCAGAUGCUUAACGACUGAGCGACCCAGGUGCCCAAGUCUCAGUUUCUUUAUCAGUUAAAUAAGAACCAAUUUAGCGGCUCUCGGGAAUACUAUGAGGACUAAAUAAAAUGUUAGCAAAGUAUCUGGCACAUAGGAUGGAUUCUUCCCCACCCCCCCCCAAAUAUAUUGAACACUAAAGAAUGUUGCUUCCACAUCAGGUAUAGAUUGAGACAAAGAUACCGUAUAGGUGAACAAGGUAACACCACAUUGUUUUCCAAAGUGGUUUAUAAGAGUUCCCUUUGCUUCACCACGCUUGCCAACCAACACUUGGCAUUGUCAACCAUAUCAACCUAAAGGGUUCAAAAUGGAAUUUCAUUCUGAUGUUAAUUUGCAUUUUUGUAAUUAUUGAGGUUGAAUAUAGGAGUGAUUCAAAGUAUUUAAAUAACCAGACACAGCUGAUGUAGGAGGACCCCUACUCGUCCAGGUGUUAAUCCUGUAAUUUUUGGUGUGGGGAGAUAGGGAUUCUAGGGACUCACAUAGCCAAGGCACUUGUGUGUCUCAAGGCAGUGACUGCUUACCAACUAGUACGUAAGUACUUGAAUGUUUAGGAACCAGUAUAGCCACAUCAGGUAAGUAUUCAUGUUUAAGGGCCAUUUCUUUUUCUUCUCUGCAAUGACUGUUUCUCCCUUCUGACACUUUUUCUAUUGGAUUGUCUUUGUUGAUUCAUAAUUAUUCAUUAUGUAACCUGGGUACUACUACAUUCAUUAUCCAUAUAUGCUACAUACCAUAUCCCGGUUGUGUCUGCACAAGUAGAAAUUUUUAAUUUUCAUGUAGAAUUUAUUACAUGUUCACUAUGGAUAGCACUUCUUGUGACUUACUUUUGGUAUCUGACAGGGAAAACUACUCACCCUUUUCAGCUUAUCUUCCAUAUAAAUUUUAGAAUCAGCUUGUUAGGAUAAUACGAAGAAUUCUUGGGAUUUUACACAGAUAUGCCUUUAACCAAUGGAAUCCAAUUUGGGAAGAACUUCAGUAUCUUAUGAUACUAAACUUGCUGUUCAUGAACAUGGUUAUUUCUCCAUUUGUGGAGAUUUCUUUUAAUGACUUUUGAUAAAGUUUUAUAUUUUCUCCAUAAAAGUAUUGCACAUCACUUGUUUUAUUCCUAACUUCUACAUUGUCUUGCUAUUUUAAAAUGUGUCUUAAAAAAAAUUAUCACUAGUGUCACAUUUUUUAGACUGUGAAGAUACAGUAUUAUGAAAAUGUUUUAAUUUAAAAAAUAUGAGCAUGAUUAUAUUAAACUGUGUAACAUACAAUCUUUGCCAGUUUAACUUAAAUAAUAAAACCUGCUGUGAUUUCAGACCAGCAGAUACACUGAGAAGUUCAUGCUUUGGGGUAAAUUGAGAUACUUUAUCAGCAGAGGGAGCAUAUUACUCCACCAUUGCUAAAUCUUUCAGGCUGUGGCUCUUUUGUCUCUUGGUCUUAUAGCCUGGACGUAGGAACUCUAUCUUUCUCUUCUUCGCUUCACUUUUAUUUUUGUGUUUCUUCAGCUUUUUCUUGGCAGCAAUAUCAGGAUUAGUUACGAA